GUCGGGUCCCCCGCGCUGGGAAGGGAACGCGGUGGCCGCCACCGCCACCGCCCCGGAGUCCGGCGCCGAAGCUGCGGGCGGGCGGGCCGGCACGGCCGCGGGCCGGGGCUGCUUGGCGCGGCACGGUGCGGUGCGGCGGCGCGGCGCGGCGGUGCGGGCUUUUCCCAGGCGCCCUGGGGUCUGGUGGCCACCGGCGCGGCUGCUGGCGCUGAGCACGACCGGCUCGCGGCGGCGGCGGCGGCGUGCGUGCGUGCCAAGAGGCUGGGGGCUCCGCCGCUUCGCCCGCGCCUCACCGAGCUCCGCGCUUUCCUCUCUCCAGGGCAAGCGGCUUCGCGAAGCACAACAGCUCCAGCUGGCAUCACCGCCUCCCACCAAUCAAUCCCACUUCUGCCAAGGCACUGAAAUGCCAACUAUGUCAAGGCCUGCACUUGAUGUCAAGGGUGGCACCUCCCCUGCAAAGGAGGAUACCAACCAGGAGGUGAACUCUCUGGCCUACUCUAAUCUGGGGGUGAAAGAUCGCAAAGCAGUGGCCAUUCUGCACUACCCUGGGGUAGCCUCAAAUGGAGCCAAGGCCAGUGGGGCUCCCACUAGCUCCUCGGGAUCUCCAUCUCCAAUAGGGUCUCCUACUGCUAGCCCUCCCACUAAGCCCCCACCCUUCAACCUGCACCCUGCCCCUCACCUGCUGGCUAGCAUGCAGCUGCAGAAACUUAAUAGCCAGUAUCAUGGGAUGGCUGCUGCCACUCCAGGCCAACCUGGGGAGGCAGGGUCUCUGCAAAACUGGGGCUUUGGGGCUCAGGCGGGAGGGGCAGGGUCACUUUCUCCUUCCGCUGGUGCCCAGAGCCCUGCUAUCAUCGAUUCUGACCCAGUGGAUGAGGAGGUGCUGAUGUCACUGGUGGUGGAACUGGGACUGGACCGGGCCAAUGAGCUUCCGGAGCUGUGGCUGGGGCAGAAUGAGUUUGACUUCACUGCGGACUUUCCCUCUGGCUGCUGAUGUCAAUUGUCUCAAAUGAUGGAGGAAUAAAGCCACCAAUUCUGUUGUAAAUAAAAAUAAACUUAC